GUGCCUGACGGCACCUCGCUGCGCCGUAAAGCGCCGCCGGCGCCCAAGUGUGCGUGUUGCCGCGACUACUUCCGGGAGGCUGCAGUCGGGAGCUGGGCACCGGGACCAUGGGCAAGCGCGGGACCCGGAGGCAGCUGCUCAGCGACCUGACGAAGAAGCAGAAGAAGCAUCUCCGGGACUUCGGCGAGGAGCACCCCUUCUACGACAGGGUUUCUGGAAAGGAAGCAAAGCCGCAGAUUUGCAAACUGUCAGAAAAUUCAGAUACAUCGAAUUCUGAAAGUGAAUCAGAGAGUGAACCAGAACAAGUUUCUGGGUACCACAGACUACUUGCUACAUUAAAGAAUGCUUCUGAAGAAGAGGAGGAGGAAGAGGAGGAGGAAGACAGUGUAGAUGAUGCAGAAGCGAAUGAAGAAUGUGUCAGUAGCGAUGUCUGUGAGGAAGAAGAGACAGCAGCAGAGUCAGCUGGGAGGCAAGGGAAAGUGACCUUAUGUGCCGACGCCGAGGGAAAUGAUGGAGAUCAGGAGGCUCCUGGCACAUCGCAAAAACCUCCAGCCGAGUUCACAGAUGCGAAACAUGAGGCGCUCUUCAGCCUGGAGACCAAUUUUCUUGAUGAGGAAGGUGGAGACAACUUCUGUCUGAAAGUGUCUCAAGAUCCAUUUGUACAACAUGUGAACAAGGAACUGAAGGAAAAAGAAAUUCAGACGCUUCCAGCAACCCCCAUUACUACCCAUCAGCUAAAAUGGCCCACUCUGGGGCAGCUCGUCUUCUCCUCCAGGUUUCAGAAGAUGGAAACGUUUAAGCCCCCGAAGGAGGUUGACCUGAAGUCCCUACAUCUCCAGGCGCCGCUGGAGUCCACAUGGACCAAGACCAAUGGCCAGAAAGGCAGGUGCCCCUUCAGCCCCCUCCAGAAAGAGCUCUUCCUGAUCAUGAACUCCUACCGGGACCUGUUCUACCCGGAGCAGACGGCGCUGGGGAACGGGGAGGAGGUCCGCCGCGUGUACUGCCUGCACGUGCUGAACCACGUGCUCAAGGCCAACGCUCGCGUGCUCAGCAACAACAGCAGGCGGCGGUCAGAGCCCGGGUGGAGCGAUGACGAUGAUGACUUCCGGGACCAGGGGCUGACCAGGCCCAAGGUACUGAUAGUGGUGCCGUUCCGGGAAGCUGCCCUGCGCGUGGUGCAGCUCUUCAUCAGCCUCUUCGAGGGUGACAGCAAGAAGAAGAUCAUUGUGAGCAACAAAAAGAGAUUUCAGAGCGAAUACGGGUCAGACCCCGAGGAGAGACCGCCGAACCUGAAGAGACCUGAGGACUACGAGGCUGUGUUCAUGGGUAACAUCGACGACCACUUCAGGAUUGGAGUGGCCAUGCUGCAGAGGAGCAUCCGGCUCUACGCUCCCUUCUACGCCUCCGACGUCCUCAUCGCCUCCCCGCUGGGCCUGAGGACCAUCAUUGGUGCAGAAGGAGAGAAGAAGAGAGAUUUUGACUUUCUGUCUUCCAUCGAGCUGCUCAUCAUCGAUCAGGCUGACGUUUACCUGAUGCAGAACUGGGAGCACGUGCUGCACUUGAUGGACCACAUGAACCUCCUGCCCCGGGACUCCCAUGGGGUGGACUUCUCUCGAGUGCGGGUGUGGAGCCUCAAUAACUGGGCCAGGUACUAUCGACAGACGCUGCUGUUUGGGGCUCUGCAGGAUGCGCAGAUCAACUCGGUGUUUAGCAAGUACUGCGUCAACUUGCAAGGCCAGGUGGCCGUGCGGAAUGUCCCCGUGACGGGCUCCAUCAGUCACGUGCUGGUGCAGCUCCCACACGUGUUCCAGAGGAUGGACACUGAGAACCUGGCGACCGUGAUGGAUGCCAGGUUCAACUUUUUCGUGAACAAGAUUCUGCCUCAGUACCGCGACGCCGUCAUGUCGCACACGCUCGUCUACGUGCCCUCCUACUUCGACUUCGUGCGUCUCCGGAACUACUUCAGGAGGGAGGAGCUGAGCUUCACCCACAUCUGCGAGUACAGCCAGCGGCCUGCGGUCUCCAGGGCCAGGCACUUCUUCCUUCAUGGAGAGAAGCAGUUCCUGCUCCUCACGGAGCGCUUCCAUUUCUACAAAAGGUAUACCAUCAAAGGCAUCAGGAACUUGAUAUUCUACGAGCUGCCGACCUACCCUCACUUCUACAGUGAAGUCUGCAACAUGCUGAGAGCCACCAGCAGGGGAGAGGAAGCCACGUGGACCUGCACCGUCCUCUACUCCAAGUAUGACGCCCAGCGCCUGGCAGCCGUGGUGGGCAUGGAGCGGGCAGCACAGAUGCUGCAGUCCAAGAAGAACGUCCACCUCUUCAUCACUGGAGAGCAGUGAGCCAAGGUCAGCAGGUGCUGCUGCGCUGAUGGAGGAGCCGUUCCUGACCUCCCGCAGGAGAAGGGCGGGAAGGAAAGGACGCGGGGGCAGUUCUUUGUUGCCAACCCUUCCUUCUCAGUCCUGUGUCCCUGAAGAGUUAGGUGUUAACUAUAUUUUGUGAGGUCAGCGGGGACCUACAUGGACUCUGAGAAAUUGUGAACUUAUCUUUUUGUAAGCCAUAAGUUUUUGUGUACCUCUAAUUUAUUACACUUGGCGGAUUCUUUCAGAUUUGUCUGUUUGACCCUUCUUGGAGUAAAGCAUACAUGUCAUUGCCUGUGAGCACAGAUUAGAAGAAAUCCAAAUACUUCUAAUGGCUAGGUGUGGUCUUAUUAAUUUUGGAUGGUACAGAUCUUGUGAUGCUUAUUUUUCUCCAGCCAAGCAUGGUGGUGCACACUUGUAAUCCCAGCACUGGGGAGACUGAGGCAAAGGAUUGUCAUGAGUUU